AUGACUUCAUCGAAAUUCUCGCGCUUGGUGGAUCGAACGAACCGUUUGGUGGAUCAAACGAAGCGGACACUCUCCCGAGAGCCCCGCACGCUGACUCAGACUGUGGAGCACCCGCAAGGCCUGGACGUUGUCUCUGAGGGCCACGAUCCGAUCAUUGACAUAGUUACCAUUCAUGGCCUCAAUGGCCACCGAGAGAAAACAUGGAUGGCGGAAAACGGCGUCCACUGGCUCCGAGACCUCCUCCCCGAAGACCUCCCACAAGCGCGCAUUCUCUGCUGGGGCUACGACGCGAAUACCCAUACUAGUAGUGACCGAGCGAGCUCACAGUAUCUCCAUGACUACGCGAUAACCCUGGUGUCGGACCUGUGCAGGAAGCGAAAAUUGACGAAUUCUACUGACCGGCCGAUCAUUUUUGUGGCUUACAGCUUGGGCGGGCUCUUCCUCAACUAA